CCAAGAUGGCGGCUUCCACAACAUUUUCGACGCUUUACGAGAUUCUUUGAUAGUUUUCUCUUAUCUAGAAAAAUAUUACGAUGUUCAAUAUUAUUUCUAAGUUUACGGGAUAUGUAUUCGGCUCCGACGAAGAUGGAAAUUCCUCUAUUGCAAAAAACAAGGACAAAUCUCCCCAAAAUCCCAAAGACAACAGUUCAAAGAAAGUGUCAAAUUCUGUCAAGAAAGACGAGGAUUUGCUUAGAAAAUCCUGUUAUGGUAAAGUUUCAAGGCUUUAUGAUGGUGCGGGAGUCAUAGAUGAUGAAGUUUACUUCACUUUUGAUGUGAUAAUUGGCGGUUCUCGUCUUGAAGUUGGUAACGAAGUUCAUUUUGAAGCCAAGAGAGAAAACAAUACUAGCGGAUGGAAAGCAACCCGUGUGAGGCGCUUCAAGGAAUGGGGAACAUUUCAAGAGAACGGAGUUAUAGAAAACGCCAUUGGGUUUGCAACUGCUUUAAAAGGAGACAUUUUAGAGCUGAACAAUGGGAUGAGUUUUAAUAUGUCAGUACUAAAACACCAGCCAUACUCCCCCUGCAAGGGUGACUGGGUCAAAGUAGAAUUAGAAAGAUUCACAGAUGAUAGUCUUGAAAUCCGGGGGGUGAAACCCUUGAGAGAGAAGAAUCUAUCAGGGAAGGUCAAUAGUGUUUUCCCUGGUUAUGGGUAUAUAAACGAAGAGGUUUAUUUCACAUUUGGUGCAUGUGUUAGAGGGUAUAGGCCUUGCCGAGGGGAUGAUGUGCAAGUGACAGCUGUUGAGUCAGUACAAGGGAAAUGCAAGUGGAGGGCUGUGAAUGUGGAGCCAAAGAAAAUUCCAAAGCAAAAUAGUCCAUGUGUUGGUAACUUACAGCAGUUCUUGGGGAAUAAAAUGGCUGAGCUCUUAUCUGACAAACAUGGAAUAGUAAUCUCUGGUAAUCUUGACUUUGGGGACAUAGCAAUAGGCCAAUCAAGAACAUUAUGCAUAAAUAUAAAAAAUACAGAUGACAAGGAACAUACCUUCAAAUCUUGGUCAUUUGUAAGAGCAGACCCUCAGUUUGAGAUCCAACUGUUAAGCAUGGAAAACCAUUCACCUGUACCUCAAAAUUCCAAGAGAAAAACAAGUGAAAGUGCAACAAGAAUGCUGUAUUGUGGUAUGCAAAUACCAUCACAAGAAACAAGAAAUCUUAACAUUAAGUUUACUGCAAAAAACUUAGGUAGAGUGAAGCAGUUGGUGGUCUUAGCCUUUGAUUGUGGUGAGAUAGGUCGUCAUGUCACCAGUAAUGUGGUAGACGAUCAUCAAGAUAUGUUGGCACCUGUUACUCCUUACCAGAGAAACAGGAAUAGAGGAAGAGAAGCAUGGGAUAGAUUUGUUGAGAGCGGCUCUAGAGAAAGAUGGAUUGUACCUGGAGAAAGACCAACAAGAAAGACCAAAUUAAUCUUCCCCAUCAAGUUAAAAAUGUACAGCGUUCCAAGAGACAUCAGGAAUUGCAUCAUGGAUGACAGAGAUCUGACAGCUCUUGUUCCUGUUUUAACAGAGCCACUAACGAUGCAAAACCAUGCAGCAAAGUUUGGCACACUGUUGUAUGCAGAAGAACUUCAAAUGGAGCUUGAUAUGAGAGAAUUUGACCUGCAAAAUGUAACAAUGGAUUUGUAUAGAGAGUAUUUAAGCCUACGUGUUCCUGGUCUUGCAGAGGGUAGACCUUCACUUCUGAUUGGUGACACUGUAGUGGCUUCCCUUACUGAUGGUGUCUAUGAUGCUCCUAAGUAUGAGGGUUACGUCCAUGAGGUGAGGAAAGACGAUAUUCUUCUCAAGUUCAACGAGGAGUUUCACAAAAAUUUUGGGUUGCAAAGCUGUGACGUCACGUUCUACUUUAACAGGUCUACUAUCAGACGUGCUCAUCAAGCAGUGGAAUUUGCUGCUCAGCUGGGACCAGAGGUAAUGUUUCCAAGAAAACUGGAACCUAAAUUGCCAGUGGUCAAUCUGUGUUUAGGAUCCUCUAACGCAGAAGACACAGCCGAAACAUCGAAUAAAGAGGAAGACUUUCUAUAUAAUUCGAAUCUGAAUGAACGACAGCGUGCUGCAGUAUCUCGUAUCCUUAGUGGUCAGAGUCGCCCCACUCCCUACAUACUGUUUGGACCACCAGGGACGGGGAAGACUGUUACCUUGGUGGAAGCUAUCUUACAGGCGUUUCACAGGAUCCCGUCCAGUAGGAUUAUAGCAUGCGCACCAUCCAACAGCGCUGCAGAUCUUCUGGCUGUUCGUUUACAAAGCAGUGGUUUUAUACAAGAAGGUGAUAUGGUUCGCCUGAACGCUGUCCAAAGAGCUCAAGACAUACCAGAAACGAUAGUGCCUUAUUGUUUAGACACUGACCGCCUAACACUAGCUGCGCAUUACCGAAUCAUAAUCUGCACCUGCAGUACUUCAGGUCAGCUGUUUUCUCUUGGGCUGCGCGCUGGACAUUUCACACACGUUUUCGUAGAUGAGGCAGGACAAGCCACCGAACCAGACUGUCUUAUACCAAUGGGACUAGCCGCAGGGGGAGAGGGUCAGAUUAUUCUUGCUGGAGAUCCCCAUCAACUCGGUCCAGUCCUACGCUCUACAUUAGCCUUAGAAUAUGGGCUCAAUAUAUCUUUGCUAGAGCGACUCAUGUCCAGACCCCUCUAUACCCGUGACGAGGCGAGGUUCAUUGACCAUGGUUGUUAUGAUCCACUACUUGUUACAAAGCUGGUCAAUAACUACAGGUCACACCCAGUUCUUCUACACCUCCCCUCUGCGUUGUUCUAUCAUAAUGAGCUUCGGGUUCAUGCAGACGAGAAGAUGAGAGAAAGGUUUGGUGAGUUUGAGAUGCUGCCCAAGAAAGGAGCGCCACUUGUGUUCCAUGGAGUCAAGGGAGAGGAUCUUCGCGAAGGGAACAGUCCAUCUUGGUUCAACCCUGCUGAAGCAGUCCAGAUCAUACGUUAUAUCCAGGGACUCAAGAAAAGCGAAGCUUGUUCGAUCAAACCUACCGAUAUUGGUAUCAUAAGCCCAUACAAAAAACAGGUGGAGAAGAUUCGCCUUCUACUCAGGCGCGUGGGGAUUGACGAUGUUAAGGUUGGCUCAGUCGAAGAAUUUCAGGGACAAGAAAGACCAGUCAUAAUCAUAUCUACGGUACGCUCUGACCAGUCCUAUAUCGGGUCAGACGUCGAUCACAGUAUUGGGUUUCUUAGCAACCCAAAGCGAUUUAACGUGGCCAUUACUAGAGCUCAGGCCCUGCUCAUCGUGAUUGGCAACCCCCAUGUUCUUUGUCAGGAUCCCUAUUGGUGCAGCCUUGUCCAAUACUGCGUCAUGAAUGAUGUCUACACUGGGUGUGACCUGCCAGAUCUGGACAGCGAACUCUACCAGGAAGAGUUUCAUUACGCAUUGAACGUAAUAAGUCAGAUAGCAUCAAAUAGCGAAUCUGGUAAUCAUGGAAACGACGAAGAAACAAUUACAGACGAGGUCUGCGCUACUUUAAAGGUUGAUGCAAGUGCUAGUGUCAGUAGUAGUGUCACGGCUUCAAACAAUACGCAGCAAAUUACUACUAUGCACUUAUCUGAUAAAAAUUUGCUGAAAAAGGACAGCCAAAUCAGCGAGCAAGGUAAACAUGCCGCAAAUAAGAAUCAAAACUAUGAAAAUUUAGUUGAGCACAGUUUAAAUGAGUUAAAUUCAAGUGCGUCCGAAAAACUAGAAAAUACUUUUGAACUCAGUUUGGUUGCUAAGCAACAUCAGUCUUGCGUGAAGACUCGUGAUAAGGAAAGCAGUUGUUAUGACGACGAACCGGACCCCCGUGGUUACCGCACUUCAUCAGCUUGUUUAUUUGAAGAUGCUAUUAAUGGUACCAGUAAUGGAGUCUACAGUGAAAAUGUUUUGAAGGCCACCACAGGAAGUCCAACGGAUAUUGGUGGUUUUUCGCGCGGAUUGCCUGGCAUUGAAAAAACGAUGAGUCAGCAAACUGAUAUUUUUGCGUCAAAAGCAUCGUUGUUACAAUCGCAGGAGAAUCAAGUAUAUCACAAAGUUGGAGGAAACGUAACAACGAAAAAUGAUGAGGGAAAUGGACGUAUAGUAAUUACUGAGGGACAAAAAUCCAACUCAAAAGGUGAUCAAACUUGUAAAGUACCGGAUUCGUCUUGCCACGGUUUGACUAACUUUAACAAUACACUUACAUCAAGCAAUAUUCAUCGUGAAAACCAAGUCAUGAAAAACGUCGACUCAUCCAAUCUUCAGUUAAAGGUGGAUUUUACUACUUCAGAACUUGGGCUACCUGUGGAUGACCCACUCGUUUGUGUUCACGUGAUGAACACGUCACUGCCGCCCAAUGAUGCUAGUGAUGAGGAGGACCUUGAAGAGUUUUUCAUCAAACCAAUGAAUUGAACCGAUUAAAUAUAUUUUUGUUACGUAGACUACGUUUUACUACCAACGUCAUCCAGAUUGUUGCAACUGCUAGUUUCUAAAAUAAUAUAUGAAGAACAAUCAAGAAAGAAUAAUUAUUUUUGAUACCGUUAAAGUUUUGUACUUUAAAGUUAUCAAUAAUGUGAGUUCUUUUC